AAGAUGCAAGGCUUCAGGUUUGUGAGGACAACGCUUGAGAUCAAACACAUACACAUGUCCCUCUACAAAGCCCUUCCACACAUUUGUUUCACCUUGACUCUGCUAUCCUUAUACAACUGCAUGCCAAUCUAACCUAAAGUUCGAUGAAUUGUCUGUAUAUUUCAAAUUCCUCCCACUUAUAUUUCUUUCUCUUUUCCUGCCACUGCUUCCUUUUCCCUCUCGCCUUCCUGUCUCCCUCCACCCAUCCUGCUGCGUUCGGCUGUAGCCACAAGAAGUCGGGCUCUUCGUCAGAUGACUCAGACUGUGACAUCAGUCCUUGGCUCUCCUCUGCCCCCUCUCCCUCCGGCCCGUCUCCCUCUCACUCCCGCACACACGAGGCCUCGGCUCAUGCUACCCUUGUUGUGGGGAAAAGUCCUCAUGUCCUACCACACUCACCUCCCCCACAGCUUCCCAAGAUACAGCUCCCUCUGUUUGAGACCCCCCCACUGGUGUUUGCCCCCGUGGACCCCGCCUCAGGUCCCAGACUGGUCAAAUGUGAGAAGUGGCCACUCCUGGGGCGCCAAGACCCCCGGGAGCCCCCAGAUCCUUUUGAUUAUGAAAGCAUGUUGCCUGACUUGGAGAACGAUGACAUGUUCGCCAGACGAACCCUGGCCUUCCAGUCUAACGUAGACCUCGCCAUGAUGAAGAGUCAGCUUCCCGCUAAGCGUCGACUCUAUACGUCUGAGCCGCAGCUCAACAUCGUCACCCAGCAGCAUGGCCGCGACGACUCAGAGGAAACUGAAUACCCCGACAUAGAGGAGGACGAUGUGGUGUAUCGGAGGGAGAAAACCCUUCAGGCUCAGCAGCGACGGCCGCUUUCAGGAGCCCCCGACAACUACUCUCCCAUGCCCAUCCCGGAACCAUGGGCUCUGCCUCCCGACCUCAAAGCCAGACUCCUCUGCCCCCCAUGUCCCCUGACUCCGGCCUCAGCAACAGCUAACCAGAAUCAAGUUGAGAAGGAGCCGCACCCUAAAACGGAUGACAUGCUAAUUCGGAAAAUCGGAAUUUGUCCUGAUAAGAGUCGGAGCCCGUCGGCCAGUCAGAUGACUCCCUCUGUGCCUUCUUCAUGUAGCGAAAAGGACCUGCAGAGGUGGCAGGCGAUCAGGGAAGCUAGUCAGUUAAGACACAAGAAGAAGCUUCUGGUGGAGAGGCUCGUCGCGAUGAAGUUGUAGAAAUAGAUUUAUCAGUGCCUGUCUCUUGACACUUUUGACUUUUUCUUCCAUUUUUGUCUUGUUAUUAUGAGCCUACUGUUCCUUUACAAUUUCCUUUAAAUAUUUUCUGCUUGUGACUUGACCGACUUAGGAUUUGUAGGAUUCGAGGGCCUUCACAGUCACAGUUGACAUUUUCUGAAACUAACUGGUGCCUUCUCUAUUCAGCAUUUCCACCUGAGCCACAGUGAAGGGACUGUGCUGAAGAAAAACUCUGAACAUUUUCUUGUUUUGAACGUUUGCUGUUACCUCAGAAUUGAAAAAGAGUGUUUCAAGUCAAGAUAUUUAGUACUGCAUGGUUUUCUGUGCAACAAAGAUAUGCUGUAUUUUUCGUUGACAUACACACGGUAUUUGAAAUGCAGAGUGGAUGCCUAGACUGCACAAUAAACCAGUUGCUUUUGUGUA